GCGCGCAGGCGCGGCGCGCAGGCGGGCGGUGCGCGGAGCGCGGAGCGGCUCCCAUGAGCCGGCGCUGCCGCUCGGCCGCCGCCGCGCUGCUGCGGGGGCUCGCCGGCCCCGCCGCGCUGUGCCUGGGCAGCGCCAUGAGCCUCUGCGGGGCGCCGGCCGCCUGCGCCGCGGGGCCUGCGGGCGGCGGCGGGGGGCUCUCCGCGGCGCGGCUCAGCCUACCGUGGCUGCGGCUGCCCGAGGUGCCGGGCGCCGAGCCGCACCGCACCAACGAGCUGCUGCUGCUGCCGCCGCCGGCCCCGCGCGGCCCGGCCCCGUCGCCGCAGCACCACGUCGUGUACUUCCCGGGGGACGUGCAGAACUAUCAUGACGUCAUGUCUUGCCACCCAGAAAACUUUCAGUGGGAGCACUGGAGUUUUGAAAAUGUUGCCACAAUACUUGCUCGCCGGUUCCCUAAUAGCUUUAUUUGGGUCAUAAAGUGUUCUCGAAUGCACCUGCACAAAUUCAGCUGUUAUGACAAUUUUGUGACAAGUAACAUGUUUGGAGCACCAGAGCACAGCACUGACUUUGGAGCUUUCAAGCAUCUCCAUGCUUUGCUAGUUAAUGCAUUCAGACUCUCUCAGAAUAUUCUGCUGUCCCAGAAAAGUGUGCAUGGUGUCAGCAAGGAUGCAAAAAUAGCUGCUUGUAAAUCACAGCAGCAGUCUGUUCCAACAACAAAUGGCUGCUCAUCCAAAGAAAGGGAGAGAGAUUGUGAAUGCUCCAAUAAUUCUGCUGUGAACUUCAUGGUACCGUCUGCUGUAGGUGCAGCAUCGUUUACUGUGAUUGGCUUCAGUAAAGGUUGUGUGGUUUUGAACCAGCUGCUUUAUGAACUGAAGGAAGCCAGAAAAGACAAGGACACAGAUGCCUUCUUAAAAAACAUAAAAGCAAUUUACUGGCUGGAUGGUGGUCACUCGGGAGGAAGCAAUACUUGGGUUACUCACCCUGAAAUGCUGAAAGAACUUGCAGAGACAGGAAUUGAAGUUCAUGCUCAUGUGACACCAUACCAAGUGUUUGACACCAUGAGGUCAUGGAUUGGGAGAGAGCAUGAGAGAUUUGUACAGACACUUGAAGAAUUUGGUGUGAAAAUAAAUGAUCAACUGCAUUUUGCUGAUGAAGUUCCCUCCUUAGACAACCAUUUCAGAGUUCAUGAAGUAUUUUGAGACUGUAUGUACAUGAACAGUACAUUCUUUGUAGAAGCUCUUUUAACACUGUAAAUGUUGUCAUCUAGAUUUUCAGCUUUGAGCAGAUGCUUUCUAAACAGAAUACUAAAUCAGUUCUGUGUUGCUAAUAGAUACUAUAUAUAAAUUUCUGUAGCUUAAAAUAGGCAUACUGGGACCCCAUAACAGAUGUUUUUUGAUUCCUGGAAAAAAAGUGUUAUGAAGAACAAUCCUAUACAUGGUUUUUUGUUAAAUGUGAAUGUUUAUUCUUAAACUGUUGGCAGAAUUUUUAGUCCUGGAUGUCUAAUAUCAUAUACUACAUUUAAUGGGACUUUAAAGUACUUGAGAAUUUCUGAUGUGUAGAUUCUUCAGUUCAGUGGCUUCCAGAGCUAAAACUAUUGAACUUUGUCAAUAACAGAUGUAAGGUUAGUUUUUUGGCUUAAGGAAAUUGAUUGUAAGAAGAAUGUUAGUUAUAUAUUUUGCUGAAACCUGUUUUAUUAGGUAAUUAAAUGUACCAGUUUUGUAACAUUUCUCCUGUUUGAAACAAAGUCACAAAUACCUUUGGAAUAACAGUGCCAAUGCAUUUCUCUUCCGUAUGUGCGCCUUGCCAUUUCUGUCACUCUGAAGCCUGGUUAAUUAAUUGUGUGGUAUCUGCUAGUGAACAGCCAUUUCACCUGGGGGCUUGAAAAUUUUGAUGUACCUAUGUUGAGUAACCAAGAAUGUUGAUUAGGGUGUAGCUUGUUCCUUUUCAACAUACCUUGCUGUUGCUUUGCUAACUUCUGUAAGGACCAGCAGUAGAACCUUUAUUAUCACAUCAAGAGGUGACUUCCCUGCCUUGGGGUGGCAAGAUUUUUCUUUGUAAUUGCUGCAUUGAUGUUGCUCUAAAUGGAGCCAUAAGCACAUAGUCUAUUACAAGUUGCAUUAAAAGAAUUCAGAUUGUGUUGACUGUAGAUCUUUCAAAAUCCCUCAGUUUUAAAAUCUUUUAUCUCCCUUAAAUGUACUGCAGUAGUUGCUUCUUGAGCCAUCCAAAAAUCUUAUUUUUGGAGCCUAAUUUUUCCUACAGAGAAACAAACAAACAAACAAACCCCAACAAAAUCUAAUUAAAUAGAAAGCCAGCCAGAUUUGAUAUAAAAGAUGUAAUCUGGUUCAGACACCAAACCUGAGUGUUCAUAAAAAAGAAAUAUUGAAAGAUGGACAAUGAUGGUGUUAAUGGAACUUUUCUACUGCAAGUUGCAAGUAACUUCCCAUUUAUCUACAAAGCUUAGACUCAUUCUUAAAGACAGCUGCAGCUAUUAACAGUGAACCAGUAACUCCAAAUGGUUUUGGAUUUCCUGGAAGUAUAGGAAUACAAAAGCAAGUUAACAGAACACUGUGAAGGUUACACAAACAAUUGUGGCUAAGUUCUGAAAAACAGCAUUUCAUUCUACUUUGGUUCUGUGUUUGAUGGCUUAGUGACAUCUCUGCCCUGCUCCUUGUUUCCUGAGACUCUUACACAGCGGAAGUCCUGGGUGCUCUUUCUUGUGUUGGCCUCAUUAAAACCUACAAGGUUCCCUGUAGACAACUUUUGGUAGAAAUUGUGCACAUCAGUGAUCACUGAACAAUGAGAAAACUGUGUUGUACUCCUAAGAAAAUUUUCUUAACUCUCAAAAUAUUCAGGAUGAUAGAAAGGAUUAUGCAGGACUAUGCACCUUACAAUUUGAAAGAGAACUCUAUCACUAAUAAUUAGAUGAUUGUACCUAGUUCAUCAAAAGAAAUCUACUUUAAUUGGUGGAGAAAAGUGCAACAUGCAAACAAACUCUAAAAAGCCUGAAAUUUAGUUCCAUCUGCUCUUUUAUUUUAGGCUGUUCUUGGAGAUUUAGUUCAAUCCUAUUUAUUGAUUACCAUCUUAAUAGGCUUAUGGCAACUUUUUCAUGUGUUUCAAGGAACAUUUUUCCCCUUUUUGGUCCAUUUGAUAACAUUUGCAGCAUAUGUGAGGACCUUUUUCUGUAAAUAUGUGUCAACUAAAGAAGUGGUUUUAGAAUGCCUGUAAAUGGCUUGAAAUAUAUUUAGCCAUCCACUUAUAAAAUUUUGAAAAGUAAACCAACAAAACCCCCAGAACAUUCUAUUGCUUUUGCUGCCUCAGUUUCAGGCUGACUAGGCUAAGUUGGGUGUGCUAACACUUGCCCAAUCCAAUAACACUGCAGAUCAGAGACCAAUUUCUAAACAAUGCUGUGCCUGCCAAAACAACAGGACUACGUUGUUGCAAGCUUUUGGAAAUAGCUAUUAAAAUAUUGACAUUGUCUUCAAAGGUUUCUGGAUGGCUGUCCUAUGAAAAUAAUACUAACCUGUUUGAUGGAGGCUGCCUACAAUAACUGCUCAAUGGGCUCAAGUGUUGCUGCAUUACUUUGAAGAAUAGGCACUUUGUUGUAAAACUAAUCUUGUUAUGAGACCUCGUGUUGUGGAGGGAAAACUGACUGGUUGUUUUUCAUUCUUUAAACAGCUGUAGUACUCUGUUGGAAUGUGUCUCUGUCAUUCACUACAAUGGAUGCUAAAAAUAGAUUUUGAAAACUAUGUAGAAAAUAAACUAUUUUUAAUGGGUGAAACCACUUUGAUGUGAGUAUAAAACCAUUAAACAAGGAAUGUGCAGUUUUGUGGAUUAAGCUUUGUCAGGUGUUUGUGGAGACCUAGUUUAAAAAAUCAGAUUUAUCUGAUAAGUUUUCUUCAAGGAAGCUUUGUAUUUGUGUAGUCGGCAUCCAUAAUUUUAAAACAGCUUACUGGCAUCUCACAAACACAGGAGAUCUGGCAUGAAGCAGCCAUGGCUGGGACAUUUCUGUGUUAGGAUGAAAUGGGUGAUUGUUUGCAUGCCCAUUUUUCAACAUUAACUAUAAAGGCAGUUUUUAAUAAGCUUAGAUCUGAAUGCCUAAAGUCAGGUGGCUCUCCUUAUGUUUUUUAAUGAAGUGAGCAACAUUACACAGUCCUUAGUACGACCUAGUAAUGACUGGUGUUCUUUGUAUUACAUGCUUGUUUCUGGUACAGUAGACAAGACAUUCUUCAGAUUUUGAGACAUACUAACAUGUUCUAAACUGUGACUCAUAAAUUCUUUUAAAGCAAGGCGUGAUUCUGUGAAAUUGUCCAGAUGAUUAAAAUUACUUUAUUUUGUGUGAAUCUAAAAUGCUAGAAAGUUUGGUAAACUUCUUCCCAUCUGGGACUGAUGUAAUCACAUCUCUGCAAAUGCUGAUGCAUUGAUCAGUAUUGGCCCCUAAUUUCGGAAGAUGAUUAAGGGUCCCAUCUUUAACAUGUGGCUGAAAGGAGCAAUUUUCUCUAUCCUCCCAUUGAUAAAAUCCUACUGCCUCCCUGCACAAGCACUUUUAUUGUAAGCUGUUCUGUUUUUCUAAACAAACAUGAUAGAGGAAAGUAACAGCAGUGCUAUAUAUUUAAAUAGUCAUAUAAAUGAUUUUAAAUAAGACUGCUAAGUCAGUUCAGGAGUUAGGCUGUUAUAACUGUGGAUAUGCACAGAUAAAAAUGAUUGUGCAUGAGCAUGCACUCAGCUUUUCCUGGAGAUUCUUUUUGAGCUGUAAUAGUUACUUCAUCUUUGCACAUAACCAAUAUUUUUUGUCCUGCACACACUGAAAUUUGAAGCACUGAGGUUAAUUGUGUACCCACUCAUUUACCUUGAAUGCUUAUUUUAAAUUACAUGAGGUCUUACCAGUUAAUACAAGAAAGAAUUUAUUAACAAUGAAAAUUUUGGGAUGUGUGUGCUCUGUUGUGAGUGACACUUUUAGGUACAUUGCAGCCUAGCAGAAUCCACACACAGAGGAAUGUGUCUGGUGCCCUUGUGCAAUACAGAAGCAAAGGCAGGUGUCUCAAGACUGCAAUCCAUAACAGACAGCCUCUUUAAAUCACCUUCAAAGUUACUUCACAAAUCUUACAUUGAAAUCUCAUGUCAUUUUUGUAAGGGUGGUAGAUUAAUAAAGUUUAACUUUUAAUGAUCAUAACCUGAUGAAAAUUUAGACACAUUUGAAUAUUGCAGAUGGAGAUCCUAAGACCAAAGCUGGCUUUCUGUUCGUGUUGUUGAUCUCUUAACUCUGUUCAGAUGCAGGGUGACUGUUUUUAACUGGAAUAAAGUAACAUGAAGUCAUUAAGCCAGUAAUGCAAGAUCACAUAACGCCUUUGUAUCAGACAGGCACUGCCUCUUCCAGUGCCAGACAUACUGUUCCUGACUAACUUCAUUCUGUUGGUAUUAACAGCGCAAUUCACUCCUCCUGCUGACAAAAAACCCCACUUGCACUGGAUUAGCUGUUCCACAUCACCCUGGAAACCAUGGAAGGCUGAUUCAGGCAGUCAUUUUGGAUAAAGUAUAGUGUGGGUUUAUAAGGUAAUGAUGGUUUUGUCGUUUCCUGUCAUUAGGGCUUGAUUACAUGUUUCCAAGUGACCCAAGAAGUGUCAAAUUCUACUUAAGCAAAUGACCACAAAAGCAACUGUAAUAAAAAAGGGAAAAAUAAAUUAUCUGGUUCUAAUUCAUGUGUAUAAACACCUUGUGUAUUUGAAAGGGAACGGAGUGCCAUUACUUCAAGGUUGAGAAUAAAUUUUCUUUCUUUCAUUUGGCUCUCAAAAGAACACUUUCAGUCAUGAUUGCUAGUUCCUUUUGUUAGACUUGGCACUUCAGAGCCGAGUUGUUUCUAAAGAAAGCACUGCUGCAAGACGUAAAAAACAGUCAGGAGACACAGCAGUGCUGAAGGGCAGGACAAGGCUCUUCUCCCACACCAGCGUUUACGCUCUGAGCAAUACUCCUAAGCCUGGGUGUCAGACAAAGCUGUUGUAUCCCUUGCAGACCAUGUGCUUCGCUCUUCUUUCCCACUCCCCAGCAUGAGAAAUACAUUAGGGUUUUGUGGUGGGGGUUUAAAGAAACUCAUGUCCUGCUUGACAGCUGAAGUAUAAAUGUUUUCACAGCAGAAAUUGUCCAUUGCUAUGAUCUGUGUUAUUGCUGCAAGCUGCAGCUUCUGAGCAUUUUUGUACGAACACGGCACUGCACGUGGAGCUGCGUGUUUGACAUGGCUGAGCAGGUCUGCUAAUGGCUUCAGUCUGUGACAAGGAACAGACCUGGACACUUGGAAACAAAGUCAUCUGCUCUUGGUGCUCUCAGGACUCGCCACUUAAGAGACUGUUGCUCCCAGAAAUUCCUACAUGUAGAGUUCAGAAUCCAUCGCACUGUGG